GUCGUAAUAAUAGUAAAUAAAAUAAGAACCUCCAUCGUAAAUUUCGGAGGAUUUAUUAAAGAUAUACCAUGUACCCCCUCGAAUCGGAAAAUUGAUGCUCACCUGUCCCAGCCCAUCCCCGCCUAUCCAGCCUAUUUUCUGUGUGGCGGCCAUACAAAGAAAACAAGGGUCGACAAUCUCGAUUAAACCAGGUUGUUAUCCCAGUUAUCCAGUUAUCCCAAGAGUUAUCCCAGGAACAACGAACGAACACGCGACUUGUAUUGGACGAGAACCUUCAUCUGGCCCCCCAAGGCGGCUCACCACCACCAUCACAAUCAAAUCAUCAAAUCACAAUCAAAUCACAACACACAGACAACAAACACACUCCACCACGCCUUCUUCUUCUUUCCCAUAUCCCAUAAAGAAAUGGUACCUUAUUAGCCACCAACGACGCGACCGACACAAGACCGACAGACCGCAUCUUUCUUCUCUUCAUCUAUCCAUCUCCACAACGCCGCUUUUUGUUGUUGGCGCACACGCACAAAAAAGAGAGCCAAGCCCACGCGCCUGAAACCUUUGAUCCCUUUCACCGACAACACGGACUUCAACAUCCCCUGUCCCCAGAUAAAGCUUGAUAAGAGGGGGGAGCUACUCCAAGAACGAGAAAAAAUAUUUCCACACCACACCACACCACCAGGCCUAACUGCCUCCCACUCAACCCACCGCCAACACACCGACACCACGCUCACCCGCGUCGUCCCCAGGUCCCCGAAAAUCUCUUUUCCACCGAGCUGCCCAGUGACCGACGACAGCACGGCGGCUUCCACCUCGAAACACCACCCAACCCUCCACAUCCAGCUGGGCGCGCUUCAACGCACGCUCGGCGCCACAGCGCGCUAUGUGGUUAAUCUUCCGGCUCAUCGCGUCGAUCGUCUUCCUCCUCUCGAUCAUCCUCUCCAUCCCCAUCGCCUUCGAUGUCGGCGGUCGCGACAGCGGGCUCGCGCACUCGCUGGCGCUGUUCUGCUUCUACUUCGCGUACUCGACGCUACGGAUCGUGACGCCGAAGAAGUCGUGGUUCCGGUAUGCGCUGGUGCAGAUCGUGGGGGUGUCGCAGUGGGUGAUCAUCCCGGCGCUGUUGAUCUGGAGUUUGAAUCGGUUUACGGUGGAUUCGAAUACGGGGGGGGAUUGGCUGGCGAAGACGUUUGGGGGGAAGAGGUCGAAGGAGACGAGUAUUACGGAGUGGAUCUUUGGGCCGGGGGGGUUCUAUGAUGUGAUGACGGUUGGGACUUGGGAUAAGGUGUUGACGUAUUCGACGCCGUUCUUUCAGCUUGCGGAGGGGUUUUGCAGCUUGUUGGUGAUUCAGGCCGCGGGCCAGAUUACGAGGUGGCUUGUUAAUAGAGGACGCAGUGAUACGUGGAUGAUCGGACUCCUCAUAGUCUCCGCCUCGAUCAUCUCGAGCUCAGUCUACUUCCUCUGGCGCAUCACGAACUUCCCCGAGAUCGGCAACGUCGACGCCACCCUCAUCGGCGUCACGAUCACAACCGCAGUCUUCCUCUGCGCCUGGGGCAUCGGCAGCGGUCGCGGCAACCCAGUCGAGAGCUCCCUCCUCUUCGCCUACGUCGUCCUGUGCAUAUACCAGAUCUUCACCGACUACCUCCCUUCCCCCGAAGCCGCCGCGGCCGCCGCAGCAGCAGCCGCGGAAUCAUCACAGCCCGAGUUUCCCCCCUUCCCACCUAUCAUCAUGGCUUCCUACUCAACCCUCAUCCACCUCCUCUCCACCCUCCCCUCCGCCGUCCACUCAAGCUUCACCUUCCUCCACGCAGCCUUCCAGACCAUCACCCCCUCCGUCAUCAUCUCCCUCGCCUACCGCAUCUUCGUCUUCUACGCCGCAACCCGCAUCAUCCCGUCUGUACGGGACUCCGGCGCCCGCGGCCUCUCGCGCGAACCCACUCUCGAAGAUGACGAUGGCGCAGGCUGGUUCUUGGGCGUGCUCAGCUGGUUCAGCCCGUCGAUCCUGGUGGCGGUGUACACGAGCCUGCUGAUGCAGCACUUCUCGACGCUGUCGGAGAACGGGCAGGCGGCGGCGUGGUGGACGUUGCAGCAGGGGGGAAACGCGGCGGGGGGGAAUAAUGUGUGGAGGUGGGUUAAUGUGGCGGCGACGAUGGCGUUGUAUGCGUUUGAGCUGUAUUUGGGGAAGGAGGAUACGGAUGGGAGUUUGACGGGGCAUUGGAAGACGGAUUGAGGGGGGUAGUGGUGGGAUGCUGUGCUUGGUUAGUUCGGGUGUCGGUUGCGCAGUUGGUUUGAGGAACUGCGAGCAGGAGAACAGACGGAUAGUGAGUGGUUGGAGAUGAAGGGAAAGGGAUGACAUCGUGCAUGCCUGAAGCAAAAUGGAUCUGGAAAUGAACAGCGGGCAGCCCAUCCCAGCAUACUUCUCUAAUAGAGAGAAGCACACGAGGAGAGAAGGGAAUGCAGCGUCGAUUGCAUGUUGUGAGCCACCGCCAUCUCGAUAAGAGAAGAGAGAGAGGAAGAGAAAGAGAACGAUAGAUACCCUCGGGAUGGCCCUUUUUUUUUAUAGGUAUAUAUAUAUAUUUGCAGGUGGGAUUGAUUAUAACAAUAAAUACGGAUUCUACUCUCUAGGAGUACAAACAAA